AUGUCUGAUAUCCAAUCUAAAAAAGAUACAACACCGACAACAACAAACAACGACAACAACAUACAAGAAGACAGCACGCCAACAAAACUCACGGCGAACCAAAAAAAAACCGAAAAUGGUGGCGAUUGUCACGAUGAUAAAAACGCUGAUGCUGCUGCUGCUACUACUACAGAACCAGUAGAGGAUGAAUUGGGUAAUCACGGAGAAGACGACGUGCCAAUUGAGUUAGGCGAUCUGGAUUUGAAUUCGGACCUGGCGGCACUUCAACAACCACAGCUUGAUACUCACCUGGCAUAUAUAGAGGAACAGUUUAGGAGGGGGUUUGACGAGAGGUUUUCAGCUUCAAAACAACAAACUUCUAACAAGUUAUGGGAAGACCCGAUGGAAACCAUGAGAACGAAUAAAAUCUUUCGAGAAGUUUCGAGAGGUCUGGGUUGCGAUUGGAGGCCAGUCUUUGAGGAACUCAUGUCACCCUUUCCUAAAGAAAUUCUCGAAAUGGAAUUAGGAAAAAUAAGUCAGAACCAGCCAAUAAUUCAAGGUUACAAGGCUUUGACAGCUUGGAAGGAGUUAUCCGGGAAGUCAUUCCUCCUUAUGCGAUUGGUUGACGUCCUGAGAAACCAAAAUAUGGAUGACAUAGCAGAUGUCGUUGUCCAAAUUAUUGAUGAUGACGGUUCAGCGGAUGGAAAGAGCAAGCCCACAAAAUCCAGCAUAGCAAGGAAGAAAUCCGAUCUCUCCGCGCCAAAAAGUUCCACAGUUCUCGACAACAGAAGACUUCUCCUAAUUGCCAAAAAAAUUGAAGGCGACUACGAACUUCUGGCCAAAGAACUGGGCAUCCCAGAGGACGAGGUCGAAGAAAUCAAAGAAUCAGAAGGCUCCACUUACCAGGGGGCUUUUAAAGUUUUGUGGGCUUGGAAAGAGUCGAGACCGGCUGCCCCUGUAGCGGCCACAAGCGCGGAAGGAAGUGGUGACGCGCCGCCGAAGAGUGAACUGGAAGUUUUGAAGGAGGCGUUGGUGAAAGUUGGCAAGAAAGAUGUAGCCGAGCACCUAGAGUCUUUGAAAUGA